AAAUGUUGUAAAGACAUCAUUUCCUCACUCUGCAAGAACACAACGCAACGCUAAGAGCUCAGUAAACAUACAGCGUGAUACCGGGAAUAAAGAUGCAAGACUACGUAAAUGAAGAGCCAAAACAGGAAAUAAACAAGAGAACAGGGAGAAGAGCAUAUUAUCUAAUGAUGCUUCUCUUUGGUGGAUUGUGUAUCACUCAAGCCAUCCUCAAUGUAUCUCUACGCCUCACAAGUCAUUGUGACAAAGAAUCGAUCAUCUCAGAAUGCAACACAACGCAGCCCAUUGAGGACAUAAAUUGUGAACAAGUCACGCCAGCCCAGUGCAAUAGAUUACGGGAACGAUCCAUCGCCUUGAGCCGGGACGUCAAAACCUUAGAAAAAACAAACCGUCAACACGUUGAAGUGAUAAAGAAGGUGGAGGAAGAAAGAAAAAGACUGAUAUCUAUGCUGAAUGAGAUGAACGGCUGUGUUCCUUCUCAACGGUGUCCCCUAGGAUGGACAGAGAUCAACUCCAGGUGUUAUUUCCUCUCCACAGAAGAGAAAAAAUGGGAAGAAAGUCGACAACAGUGUCAGAGUAAAGGCGCUGACUUGGUGGUUAUCAAUGAUGAAAAGGAACAGAAUGCCUUAUACCGUAUGAAUGGGAAUCAGUAUCUCUUGUUUUGGAUUGGUUUACGCAACACAGAUCGGACCUUAAAAUGGGUUGACGGUUCUGAACUGAAAGACGUGUUUUGGCAGGAUGGGCAGCCUGAUUUAGGUGGUGGAAACAACACUGAGGACUGUGUGGAAAUGUAUCACCAAAGUCCAGCUUUGGCCAACUGGAACGAUGUCUCCUGUCAGACUCUCCGCCACUGGUUGUGUGAAAAAGAUCUGUGCUUCAUUUUGUAACACCAGUUCACCAUAUAUGGUUACAUGUAUUUAAAAAAAACGUUUAAUUCAAUUUUUCAGUUAUUAGCACAGAAAAUAUUGUAAUGUAAAGCUGUUUGUACAUGUUUGAAAUUUUUGAGAGAAGCUGGCCAGCAGGUGUGACACAGGAAUUGUACUGCUGCCAAAAUAAAUGAUGCUUCCUGUUGCACAUUUUAACUUAGAAUGUAAAUUUGCUGUUUAUAAUUUGUGCUGUAAAUAAUGAAAAAAUUUUUUGAAAAUAUAAAGAAAUCCACUUUUUAAAAAGUC